AUGGUGUUUCAAACCAAAGAUACAGCCGCACAGUAGCAACGUUAUUGGGAAGAAAAGCUACUCUUUGACAGCUAUGAAGUCAAAAAGAGGAAACGAGGCUUUUGCUGGACCAAUAAGCUUAAUUUCAAUGAGUAAAUUAAUUUUAUCUUGACUGUAAAGUGAGUGUAGUCAUAUUUUACGGGCUGUAAGACUGCUCAGCAUUUUUUAACAAUGUUGGCUUAAUUUGAGAAAGGGGUGUUUUUAUGUUAAAUAAUGUCAGUAGGUGCGCCUUGAGAGGUCCAGUUAGCUGUAUCUCUUUUCUUCUUUCUCAGUCUUCCUCAUCCCGUUGCUGUGGCGUUGCAGUGCCACAUAGCGCAUUCAAAGUCCGAAUCCGAGUUGCUGUUUGCAAAAAAUACAUAUUCGUAAGUGAAAUAGAAGUUGCAUAUAGAGAUGUAAUCUGAAUAUGCAAAGAUAUAUCUACAGGUUGCAGAGGAAUUAUGUUAAGGUUCGUGACGGUGUUCAUAUUAUACAGCGACGUUAUAUAGCGUGGGAUUACUUCUUGAUUCCCAUGUGAAGGAAAUGUAUCACUAAGUUGAGCCAGUUGAAACCAAAAUUAGUGGAAGAAGUCAAAGAAAAGCUUCUCCCAAAAGCCAGCUACCAUAGAAGCGUCGAAUAAACUGUAAUAGAAUCUCUCUAUUUCGGACUGAAAUGUACGAGUCAUGAGAUGAUGUGGUCGUCGUAUAUGUUGCAGACCACGAAUGUGAUUAAAGAGAAAAUUUUACGACACGAAGUUCGGUUUGGAAUAAUCUUAAACUGUUACAUGUAUUCACUUUCCAAGGAGUGAGAUGAGAAAGCCAAGUUGAAUUAUCUGUGAUCGUUUAAUAUCUUUAAUACGGCACACAAACUGACACAUGUGCAAGCACCCGUAAAUUGAAAAGAUUCGACUCAGCCCUAGAGUGUAAUUAAAAUUUAAGGGCUGAUUCAUACCGGCCUUAUCCGUGGUAUUUAGCGCUAUUUAAAAAAAGUUGCCCAGCUAUAAAAUAUGUAUCAAUUUAGGUUUCUGGGAAACUACCCACCUACCCUUACCCUAGGCCAACAUUAACACUUACUUCUUACUUAGGAAAAAAUGUUGGCUUAGGGGAGGGGUAGGUGGUCAGUUUCCCCGAGACCCAAAUUGAUCCUAAAAUACUAUGUUGGGCCAAAAGUGGGCUCUAGUAGUAUUAUAUUCUAGUUAGGUGAAGCGAAAUAAAUAAAUAGUAGACUCCUUAACUCAUGGUCAAACCUCGAGUUUUGAGGUGUUUGAUUUUGUGGCCUCAUCAAAGCAGUUUUGCAAGGAGAAAUUAACCCUAUUCAGACCAGUGGGGGUUUCUGAGCCCCUCCCUUCCCUCCCCUCCCCUCGCUAAAAUGUUGAAUAACUUUGCCAAUUCAAAAACGUUCAAGCUACAUGUAAGGCCGCCCAACUCACUGACGUUUCCUUAUAUUUAUCUGUGAACAUUUUUGGGUCUUCUUGACGUGCAGGACAAGAUAAGGUAGCCUGCAAACAAAGACCUAAAAGACGGCUGCUCACGCAAGUUAGAAAAAGAGGCUCUGUCCGGAUUGUGCAAGCCUUUGAAGUCGUUGUGGACAGGUCAAUCCCGUCAAACUGGUUUUUCGAGUGGGAGCCUGAUCCGUGUAUUGAUAAACCGAUUGUCGUAACUGAACCCGCUGUACAAAGCGCACGGCUAUGAGGCCUGGGUUCGAAGUUGUAUUCAGGCAACAAGCAGCGCAUGCUCAACAAUGAUUUCGAUUCAAUCAGUCUUUCUCAAAUACGCCAAAAUUCGAGAAAGAGAAAUAAAGGCUCUGCUAGCAGGGCGACACUAGCCCUGUCAGUACCAUGCAUACCUUUUUUGUUUUGUGUCCAUUUUUUACAUAUCUUUUCGUUCCUCGUGCUUGUUUUCCGUUCCAUGUUCCUCGUUUUAGUAACAUCCAAAAUAUUAGCUUGUCGUUCUGAAAACAAAGAGCGCUGAAGGGUAUUAUCAUGCAAUAUCUUUUAAUAAGGUUGGCAAAGUCAUUAUUUGAGGCACGUCCUAACUAAUUAAAAAACUGAAACGGUUCGUAAGGAGGAAUUAAAAUACUUCCCACAGUUUCCAUUGAUCUUGCAGCUUGUGACGCCUUGUAAAGAUAAAACUAUAUAUUUUACAUGAUAUUGUAAAAUACUUUCAAAUAAUUGAACAUGACCGGAGGUAAGAUUAAUUACUAUCUCACUCAGAAACCAUUCUUUUUUCAAAGUGUUUUGACAAACAACGAGUUCAAUUCUUACUAUUUCAAUUUAUGUUUUAUUCGGUUUUAUUUCUGACUAAAUUAAAGUGCAGCCAACAGCAAUCCUAGAAGUUAAAAGAUAUAUUUAUUUAUUAAACACUGAUAAGCUGCUCACGAUGCUCGUAAGUUUUGGGUUCAAAUUUGAAAAUUUUAUCUUUUAAAAUAACGACACAACGCAUUAUUUUUUUUAGUCAAAGCUGUAUGUGUAUAAGAACAAAGGAUUUAUUUUACCAUUUUAAUUAUGGCCUUUCUCUUUGUUAUGAAAAAUCAUUUUUUCAUGUUUUGAUCACAUCAUUUUGCGAAGACAAGCAAAAAAGGAGUUCCUCGUUAAGCACCAAAUUGAGAUGACUCUACUUCAAUUGGUCAGGGCUGAAAUCAAACUUUUGUUUAGUCGUCGGUCAGUAAAUAAAAGGUAAUCAACGUGCAAUAUUUUUUUACAGAAAUGAUGAAAAUAAAAUUUAAAAGUGCAUAUAAUAAUAGUUUGUUCAGAGAAAGCGUCGCUUUCCGGGUGUAGUUUUGAUGUGCCAGUACCAGUUGUGAAACGGUUGAUAAACACAACUCGUUUUCUUCAAUGGAUAAGGUAUUCUCUACGGUGAUAACUUUCAUUGCUAUUCCAAUUUAUGUCUGCAAUGUUGUGGGGAACUUUCUUGUCAUUGUGGUUAUUCAGAAGGACAAAAAGCUGCGCGAAAGUCCAAAUACCUUCCUUUUACUGAGCCUCGCUCAUUCAGAUGUUUGGUUCUCCAUUUUGGCUUUUGCUAAUGUGGUUUUAAUCUCCAAGCAGGCCACGUAUGCCGUCCGGGAAUUUUUUAUGAACGCACUGGCUUCAAUUUAUAUCCUAGUCGCCCUUGCAGUAGAGAGAUAUUUUGCGAUUCUCAGGCCCUUUGUUCACCUGAAAAGAGCCAGAAAGAGUCUGCUCAGUAAAGUAGUGCUUGUGAUAUGGCUCCUGGCUGUCGUUUUGAGUGCACCUGGAUAUUACAUAGGUGCUGUAAGAAAAGGGGUCAAGUAUGGUUGGACUGGAGUAAACACGACAUUAAAUGAAACAUGGGUCGAACCUCUUUGGUUCCAAACUUUUAGCACGGCUUACGCGUUAGUGCUCUUCAUAUUUGGUUAUAUUUUUCCAAGCGCUGUCAUCAUUUUCUGCUAUUCACGUGUGAUUUACCAUUGUUGGUUCAACGCUGACUCUAGCAGAUCUACGCAAGCUGGCCUCGUUAAGUCUCGACGUAAAAUAACGAAACUUUUCAUACUUGUCACUGUUGUCUUCACAAUUACUUGGACGCCGACGUUCGUGGAGCUCAUUGUUGCAGAAUACGGCGAACACAGCGAGGAAAACAUGAAACUCGAGUUAUUUUCCAUGCUGCUUGGGCUUACAGGUUCGGCAGCCAAUCCGCUGAUUUAUUCAUUUCGUAGCCCAAAAUUUCGACAAGAAGUUUGCAAAUUGCUGACUUGCAACUGUUACUGCAAGAAAAAGAUAGUACGACGCAGUAACAAGGUAUCUGGAACGUUUACGAACAACGUGUCUUUAACAAAAAUGGAGUCAAUGAAGGAAAAUACCCCUUUUCAUGGCCAUAGGGUUUUCCAUGGUAAAACAGUGUGA